CCGAGUAACAGCGCGCUCCCGCUGCAGCACGGCGUUUAUUUAGAUAGUUUAGUAACCAGAAAUCCCCCUGGGAAUAAUUCCAUGUUUUUACACCCAUAUGGGGGACGGAGAGUGAAGCAUUUGGAAAACAUGGACUCGACUUUGGAGUAAAGUGUUCACGACUUGUUGAAGUUUAAAAAAGCGGGUUCCGGUGGCGAUAUUUUUUCUGUCAGGAAGUUUGACGUAUUCGGCUGGAGAUUAUUUGUUACUUUGUUUUGCUUUGGGGGGGGAGUUGUGGACUGCAGUCGGCUAAAGAAACUGCACGCAAACUCUGUGACUCCGAGAGAAGGCUGCGUUUUCUUUCACAUUAGAGUCAGUUUUAAUACUUUUAACAACCGUAAUUUACGUACGAAGCUCUGCGAGGUGUAAAACAUCGAUGGAGUUAAUCGAACUCCCCUAAAGUAAAUCGAGGUUAUGUGUACAACAACGUAUAUUUGAGCCAGUUUUUGCAACAUGUCGCGCACUUAAUAAAGUAUACUUCUUAUUAGGCAUUCACAUGCAUUCUUAUAUGUUUAAAAAAAAACAUAUUUAAGUUGCAAUGAGAUGAUGGGAUAUGCAGAAUAAGGAUAUCUGCAGCCUGUAUUGUGGACUCCAACCUGGCAACGCAGAGAAGGAAAAUCUGCAAAUUUAGCAGGAAGAGGGGCUAUCAAAAUCAAGGAAAUCGUUCGGUCUUUUCCUCUGGCGAAGCUGUUGCUUACAAAUGGAUUUCAAACAGGCCAUACAGUUAUUAUCACACCUUUCUUGGUGGUUUUUGUGCUUCGUGAUUGGUGGUAUUCAGCGCCCUGAUCUGCAUGCUUAGCAGAGUCGUGUGUGAACAAUGAAAACAUGUUUUGGAAAUUUAAGUUUUCCAAAGGUCCGAGGCUGCAGCGGAUCAGGAGUUAGUCUCUGGGACACAGCUGGAGAAGCCUGAUGUAGCCUGCUUUUUUCCCAUUGGAACAUUUUCUGUGUUAAAAUCACAGCUGUCUGUUUGUUUUUACAACCUGGAGACUGUCCGUUUGUGUGAGUGCGUUAAUUUUCCGUUGAAGAAGAAGUUAUCUUGGGGGGGGGGUCAGCCCCGCCAUGGCGCCCCACUCUCACACACGCUCACCGGUGUGACGGUCUGCCGGUGGACACCGAUGGACGUGAGCGACGACUGGAAAUACUGCGUCAUCCCUGCUGCGAGACACCGGUGACGCAAACCACAGGCUGUUGGUGGGUUUGCACACCACAGACACGUUUCUGAGGACUUGGUUUGAAGACCACGUGAGCUAACAUUGCCACAAUGAACGAGAGGCAGGCUCUCCACUCUAUAAUGAAGGACCUGGUUGCCCUCCAGAUGACGCGGCGCCAGCCUGUGUUGUCAUAUGACAGCAACAAACCCAAGAUACCUGCCCAGGCCAACAGACAGGACGAUGUCAGGAUAAAGUUUGAGUUCUCAGGAGAGAGGAGGAUCCUGAUGUUUGGAAGGCCUGUGCAGUUCGAGGAAAUCCACCAGAAAGUAAAGACUGUCUUUGGCCAGCAGCUUGACCUGCACUAUAUGAACAAUGAGUUGUCCAUCCCCCUGCGAGACCAGGAUGACCUGGACAAGGCAAUCGACCUGCUGGACCGCAGCUCCAACAUGAAGAGCAUCAGGAUCAUGCUGCUCACUCAGGAGCACAGCAAUGCCCCCUCCCCCUCCCACCACGUGCCGUGUAAGCAGGUGAGGGUCAAACCCUCGCAGUCCACUGGAGACGUUAGCACGGCCUACCAAUCGUCAGAGCCCAGGGGACGCCACCUAUCAACUGGUUCUCAGAACACGGGGCGAAGCUCACCGCCUCCUGGCUACGUGCCUGAACGCCAGCAGAGGAUCGCCCGCCAAGGUUCAUACACCAGCAUCAACAGCGAGGGGGAGUUCAUCCCUGAGACCAGCGAUCAGUGUGUGCUGGAUCCUUGGAGCAGUGCAGACAAUUCUGUUUCUGGCAGCUGUCAGUCUUUAGACAGCAACUCAGACAGCCCCUCACUGAGAAAGUCUCGAAUGCAUAGAGCAAAGAGUUAUCCUGAUAAUCGUCAGGAGGGCUCAGACCGGGAGAAUCAUGUGUAUGACAGGGUAGCAGGGAAAGGAGGCACCUUUCCUCGUAGGUAUCACGUCUCCCUGCAUCAUAAAGACCACAGUGAAGGCCGGCGGACGUUCCCGAGGAUCCGCCGCCCCCAGGGGAACCUGUUCACUCUGGUGCCCUCGCGCCGGUCGCUCAAUGGCAGCGAGGAGAGUGUGGGCAGCUGGCAGCAUGUCGACGCUCAGGGCAGGCUGCGGCCCCAAGAGCGUCCUGUCGCGCACAAGUCACCCAGUGCUCCGAUGACAUGGCGGCGGGGGAAGCUUCUGGGCCAGGGAGCGUUCGGUCGUGUGUACCUGUGUUACGAUGUGGAUACUGGGAGAGAACUGGCUGCCAAGCAGGUCCAGUUUGAUCCAGAGAGUCCUGAGACGAGCAAGGAGGUCAGCGCUUUGGAGUGUGAAAUCCAGUUGCUGAAAAAUCUGCACCACGAGCGCAUUGUUCAGUACUACGGCUGUCUGAGAGACCACAAUGAGAAGACCCUCACCAUCUUCAUGGAGUACAUGCCGGGGGGUUCAGUCAAAGAUCAGCUGAAGGCCUACGGGGCGUUGACAGAAAACGUGACACGGAAGUACACAAGACAGAUCCUGGAGGGCAUGUCCUAUCUGCACAGCAACAUGAUCGUACACCGGGACAUCAAAGGUGCCAACAUCCUGCGGGAUUCAGAGGGCAACGUGAAGCUCGGAGACUUUGGUGCCAGCAAGAGGCUGCAGACCAUCUGCAUGUCUGGCACUGGCAUCCGCUCUGUGACCGGCACCCCGUACUGGAUGAGCCCCGAGGUGAUCAGUGGAGAGGGCUACGGGAGGAAAGCUGACGUCUGGAGCCUUGGUUGUACCGUGGUGGAGAUGCUGACGGAAAAGCCUCCAUGGGCUGAAUACGAAGCCAUGGCGGCCAUAUUCAAGAUCGCCACCCAGCCCACCAACCCACUGCUGCCUUCACACACCUCGGACCAGGCACGGGACUUCAUCAGCUGCAUUUUUGUGGAGGCCAAACAGAGACCCAGUGCUGAGGAGCUGCUCAGACAUCCCUUCUCCCAGAUUCUGUGCUGAAACCUGCCCGGUUUCUAACUUUUUACCACGGACUAGCCUAAUCAGUAUCUGUAGCUUCCUUGAAACCCAUCCAUGGCAGAAACCCGGACGUGGAACUGGACUAGAAGUCAGUGUAAAACACACCGUGCCUCUUCCCCCACGUCCAACAGCAGCAUCUAUUUCUUGAACACCAAUGCCAGUACAUGCUCUUACAAGAGUCACCACCAGGGGGAAACAAAACAUUAAGUAUCUGGUGGGCAGUGGAUACAAACACUCUUAUGUGCACAAACGAUGCACUCCAAAGGCAGCAUCAUUAAGUCAUGCUACAGUUGUGUAUUCAUCCAGUUGCCUCUCCUGUAUUUGCGUUCACUUCUUUGGGCAGGGAUCAGGUAUUUGACAUCAUUUCAAAGCUUCAGCACACACCUGGUGCACAACAGUGUUAAUUAUUUCCCCCCCUCCUCUUUGUCUAGUUUCUUUUUCAAGAAAACUAAGAUCUUAGAGUAGUUAAAAGCUAUGUUUGAUGCAUUUCUUACUAGAUGAUUGAGUAUAUUGAAUGAAACACAGAUGUUGGAUAUAUGUGUAGAGUAGCUACACUGGAGUUUAUA